GUGCAGACACACUGGAAAUAUUAGUUAUUGUUUCCAUUCUCCCCGAAAAACGUGUAAAUAAAAGGAUUUAAAGGAGGAACAGUACAAAAUGCCCACGGAAAUCGAGAACAUAAACCCCAAUGUCUACGAAAGGAUCAAGGAUAGGGCAUUAACCGCCAACGAAGAAGACGAAAACGUGCCCGAUCCCUUUGACAAACGAGAGAUUUUUGAUCUCAUCAGGAAUAUCAAUGACCCGGAACACCCCUUGACCUUGGAGGAGCUGCACGUGGUGCAGGAGGAUCUCAUCCAGAUAAACGAUGGCCAGAAUUCCGUGCACAUCAGCUUCACACCGACGAUUCCCCAUUGCUCGAUGGCCACAUUGAUUGGCCUUUCCAUCCGGGUGAAGUUGCUCCGCUCGCUGCCGCCCCGCUUCAAGGUCACCGUGGAAAUAACGCCCGGCACGCACGCCUCCGAGCAGGCGGUGAAUAAGCAAUUGGCGGACAAGGAACGAGUGGCUGCUGCCCUGGAGAACAAUCACCUCGCCGAGGUGAUCAACCAGUGCAUCUCCGCCAAGGGUUAACUAUUAGAUUUAUCCUCGUUUUGGAUAUAUAUAAACAAAUGCUGUUGGUUUAGUAAUAAUAAUAUUGGUUUAAAAGAA